GUUUGAAUUAAAAUAUCAAAUAUAAUUCAACAAAAAAUUAUGUCUAAAUUAUUAGUAGUGUUAGGAUUGGUUGGUCUCGCGAUGGGGGCCAACAUUGAGCGCAGAAAUAUAUUCGGAGGUCUGAGCAACUUAGGAUUCGGUGGCAUCGGAUCGGGUGUAGGCAAAAUCGUUGGCGCUGUUGGCGAUCUUGGUACUAAUGAAGUCACUUGGGGCACAAAAUUAACCGGAGGAUCAUUGGGAGCCGCAACUGGCUUUUUGGGCAAAGCUGGUGGUGCUGUUAGCAACAUGGCUGGUGGUUUGGGUGGUGCACUCAAAGGUGGUGCCGGUCUGGCCGGUAAUGCUGCCGCUGGUGUGGCCAGUAAUCUCGGUAACGCACUCGAUGCCGAUUUCAAAUGGAAGGGCGAUUUAGUUAAUGCUGGUGUGGGCGCUGUGGGCAAAGUGUUGGCAUCAAAGGGCAAUUUCAUUAACAACAUCGGCAGCGCAGUGAAAACCGGAUUGAGUGGUGAUAUUGUGGGCGCCGGGAAAGGCAUGUUGAAUGCGGCCACUACUUUGGCCGGCGAUGAUGUUGGUAUAGUCACCGGUGCCGUUAGUGACGUCACGGGAGCUACCAGUAAAUUGGCCACUGGUUUAGGCGGUGCUGUCAGUGGUAUCGCUGGCAACGUGGGUGGUUUGGCUAGUGGUGGCGCCAACCUUGUUGGUAAUACUGUGGGCUCAAUGGCCGGCGCUGGCGGUGAUUUACUCGGAGGUGGUAUUCAAAUGGGACAGGACUUGGUCGGAAACGCUGUGGGCUCCACAGUAGACGUAUUGAAAGGCAAAGUCGCGGCCAUCGGUAAGAUGGGCUCCGGUGUCGGCGAUAUCGUCGGCGGUGCUGUCGGUGGCGCCAGCGGACUGGCCGGCAGUAUAGGCGGUAAAAUCGGCGGUGUUGUUGACGGAGUGAGCUGCGCGGUUACCCCCGUUAUUGACGGUGGUAUUAAAACCGGUGUGGGAGCAAUUGGAAACCUUGGUGGUAUCGUAAGCAGUAUGCCCGGACAAGUGACCGGUGCCAUUGGUGGAAUUACUGGUAAUAUUCACCACGUUGUUGACGGAAUGACCGGCGCGGUUACCCCCGUUGUUACCGGCGCUAUUGAUACCGGUGUCGGAGCGAUCAAACAGGUUGGUAAUAUCGUAGGCAAUAUGCCCGGCAAACUGACUGGCACCCUUGACGGACUCACUGGUAAUAUUCAACACGUUGUUGGCGGUGGUCUCCAGACAGGCAUCGGCGCCGCUACCGGUCUGUUCGGUGAUAUCGGCAACACUGUUGGCGGUGCGAUCAACACCGUUGCUCAACAGGUUAAUGGAAUGCCCGGCAAAGUGAGCGGUGUCAUUAGCGACAUGACUGGUAGUAUUGCCCCCGUUGUUGGUGGUGUCAUCAAUACUGGCACUGGACUUGCUGGAUCCGCUACCCAACUUCCCGGAAAACUCACAAAUACCUUCGGCGGAAUCGCCGGCGGUGUUGGCCCCGUUAUUACCGGUGCGAUCGGACCGGUCACCGAUGCCAUUCAUGGUGGUAUCAACACUGGUAUAAGCCUUGGUAAUGGAGGUAUUGGAGCGAUUGACGGAGUGUUCGGACAACUCGGUGGUGCCGUUAACGGUAUGACCCAGGGUAUUUCUGGCUCUCUUGGCGAUGCUGUCAGCACCGGUUCCGGAUUGCUAAGCGGAGUGGGAGGACAAAUCAGUAAUACCAUGGGUGGUUUAAAUGGCGGUCUUAACUAUGGUUUCGAUACUGGUUUAAACCUUGGUAAUGAAGUGAUGGGACAACUCGGUAAUACCGUUAGCGGUGUGACUCACGGUAUUUCUGACACUUUUGGCGGUGCUAUCAACACCGGUGCCGGAUUGGUAGGCGGAAUGGGAGGACAACUCGGUACUACCUUUGAUGGUUUAAAUGGCGCUCUUCACGGUGGUAUCAACACUGGUAUGGGCGUCGUUAACGGCGUGACCAGUAAUCUCGGUAACGUUGUUGGCGGUGUUAUGGGACAGGCAAACAAUGUCGUUGACGGUGCUGUUCAAAUCGGAAGCGAUGGUCUCACACAUGUUAGCGAUCUUACCAGCGGUCUUACCGGCGGUCUAACCGGUGGUCUAAGCACUGGUUUCAACACUGUUGGCAACGCUAUCGGCGGACUGACCGGUGGAUUGUCAGGAUUGGGUUCAAUUGGCAGUAGUAUCGGCGGCUCAGUAGGCGGUGACUCCGGUAGUAUUGGUUUUGGCGGUAGUACUGGCGGAUCAGUAGGCGGUGGCUCCGGUAGUUUUGGCUUCGGCGGUAGUUAUGGCGGCUCAUUAGGCGGCGGCUCCAAUAGUAUUGGUUUUGGCGGUGAUUCCGGUAGUGUUGACGUCAGUGCUGGCGGUGAUGGAGCUGACGGUCAAAUGAGCAUCGGUACCGGUGAAAACGGACUUUACUGGUAA